UUUUUUUUUGUAUUCCAAGAAACAGAAAACAUUUGCUCAUCGCUUCUCCAAAGGAUCACUCCCUGCAUCCUCUUUUCACAAAAGAUUCCAAUUGGUUUAUAGGUGAUUCCAGAGGGAGCGAGAGGAAGGAAAGAAAGGAUGGGUUACAUAGGGGCACAUGGAGUGCAAGCGCUUCAUAGGUACAAAUACAGUGGGGUAGAUCACUCCUAUGUUGCUAAGUAUGUGUUGCAGCCAUUUUGGAGUCGCUGUGUCAAUUUCUUCCCCCUUUGGAUGCCACCGAAUAUGAUUACACUUACAGGAUUUUUGUUCUUAAUCACAUCUGCACUGCUCGGAUAUAUAUAUUCUCCGCAAUUGGAUUCACCUCCUCCAAGAUGGGUUAAUUUUGCUCAUGGAUUGCUUCUCUUCCUCUAUCAGACGUUUGAUGCUGUUGAUGGGAAGCAAGCAAGACGUACAAAUUCCUCUAGUCCACUAGGAGAGCUUUUUGAUCAUGGAUGUGAUGCGCUUGCAUGUGCAUUUGAAGCCUUGGCUUUUGGGAGCACUGCUAUGUGUGGACGAGAUACUUUCUGGUUCUGGGUUAUAUCAGCUGUUCCUUUCUACUGCGCUACUUGGGAAAGCUAUUUCACCAACACUCUAAUUCUUCCGGUAGUAAAUGGACCGACAGAGGGUCUUAUGUUGAUAUAUCUCAGCCAUUUCUUUACAGCUCUAGUGGGAGCUGAGUGGUGGGCCCAACAGUUUGGGAAGUCUAUGCCACUUGUGAGUUGGGUUCCUUUUCUGAACGAAAUUCCAACCAAUAAAGCCGUGUUGUUGCUGAUGGUAGCUUUUGCUGUUAUUCCAACGGUCUAUUGCAAUGUUAACAAUGUUCAUAAGGUUGUUCAGGCAACAAAAGGAAGUAUGCCACGGGCACUGGCCAUGCUUUACCCAUUUGUUGUGCUACUGGGAGGAGUGCUUCUAUGGGACUAUUUAUCUCCAUCCGACUUAAUGAAGAACUAUCCUCAUCUUAUGGUCGUGGGGACUGGGCUUGCAUUCGGAUUUCUUGUGGGAAGGAUGAUUUUGGCUCACUUGUGUGAUGAACCCAAGGGUCUGAAAACAAAUAUGUGCAUGUCUCUGCUUUGUCUGCCUUUUGCCGUUGCAAAUGCGCUCACCGCCAGACUUAACGAUGGAGUUCCUAUGGUUGAUGAGUUCUGGGUUCUUCUUGCUUACACUGCAUAUUCAGUGUCACUCUAUCUGCAUUUUGCCACGUCUGUUAUUCAUGAAAUAACAUCAGCCCUCGGGAUAUACUGUUUCAGGAUAACAAGGAAAGAAGCUUGAUCCUUGUUUAUGAUCUAAUUUUGGUUAUGAUCUUCCUGGUACUUUUGUUUCUAGCUUUCGACCUGGGAUUGAAGUUUUACUUUCCGUAUCUAGCCGCUCCCUGGAAACCAGCUCGGAAGGAUAUUUCGGGGUUCUCAUUGCACUACUUUUUCACAGGUUGAGGGCGUUAUUGUUUGAAUCCACCUUCAAAUUCAAGUUUAGUGAAGUAAUUAAAAUGAAUAUCCUUUGAGUUACCCUUUUGACUUUAGGUGACUAAAAUUGUUUAGUUGUUUUUGAUUUGUCGACCCUUCCAAUGGUCAUGUUUCAAAAUAGAUGUCCUUUCAAUUCCAAAUUGAGUGGCAUUGGUUUGAUUUGACAUGAUAUUUGGAUAAUCCAAUUCACUCAAUGCUGAGUUUUGAAGUUUGCUGGUUA